AUGUCUUCCGACGACGAUCAGAAGCCGCCUAACGAUCCAGACGAGGAUGCUGCUGCACGGAUGCGUCUCAAGCGAAAACUGCAACGAAAUCGCACGUCUUUCAGUCAAGAACAAAUUGAAGCCCUUGAAAAAGAAUUUGAGCGUACUCAUUAUCCGGAUGUUUUUGCUCGAGAACGGCUAGCUCAAAAAAUCGGUCUCCCUGAAGCACGAAUACAGGUCUGGUUUUCGAAUCGACGAGCGAAAUGGCGUCGCGAAGAGAAGCUACGAAACAAGCGACCAGGCGGUCUUAUGGACACCUCAAUGUCGAAUGGUACUCCAACACCAACGGGUUCGGGUCCCGGUAGUGCCAUCGACGGUUCACCAGCACCAGCACCAAAUCGCUUUGCCACAAAUCCGACGGCGGUCAGCGCCAGUUUUGUACCAUCGGCCAGUCAGAUGUACACCGGUUUAGCACCACAAGCGAUGGAUCCUUAUGCGUACGUACAUGAUCAGUUCGAGAUUUCAUUUAUUGAUUUUUCGUUGGGACGUUUAAUGUUUGGAUUUGCUAACGCUGGUCUUGGCAUGGCACCCUAUCAGCCAACAGCUGAUUUCAGUUCACAUCAUAUGUUUAACGCGAGUACACGAUCACCCUAUGAUGCAUUCCAUCCAUAUGCUCGAGCAAUGCCAACCAGUGGUGGACCAUCAUUUCAGUCUUCGAUGAAUCCAGCUACGACGUCUGUUGGAGUUUUACUCUAUCUCAUCUGUACGAAAAAGGGGUUUCUCAGCCUAUACCGUAGUUUGCGUGGUGGUCGCUUUGUGCGGCGCAAACUGCUGCGUGCUGAGCGCCAGGUGCUGGGGCCUGUCACUUCGGAUUUCAUCGCUACUAAGGCGAUUUUUUGGGCAGAAUGA